CAAAAAAUUGAAAUAAAGGAUAAACUAUUUGAGGAACACAUUAAAUUUGAACGGGAAUUACAGACAGAAGUAAUUAUUAAAGGUGAAGUAUUAGAUAAAAAUGAUUAUAAACAACAAAAUCAAAUAGAAGAAAAACUAUUUGAGAAUAUUAGUAUGAAACACAAUCAGUUGGAACAUCAAUUACACACAGAAGUAAUUAUUAAAGAUGAAAUAUUCGAUGAAAAUAAUAUAAAUAAACAACAAAAUCAAACAAUAGAAAAGCUUUCUGAGGAACAGCAAUUACACAUAGGCGUUACAAUUAAAAAUGAAAUGUUAAACGAAAGUAAUUCAAAUAAGAAAAAACAAAUCGAGGAGAAUUCUUAUUCAUGUGACGUAUGUAAUAAAGUAUUUAAUCAUCAAGGUAAUUUUCUUCGCCAUAAACGAAUACAUACUGGAGAGAAACCAUACACAUGUGAUUUUUGUGGCAAAAAAUUUAACAGACAACAUCAUUUACGUCUCCAUAGAAGAACACAUACUGAAGAAAAACCAUAUUCAUGUGAUGUUUGUGAAAAAACAUUUAACCACGAAAAUAGUUUCCAUAUCCAUAAACGAAUGCAUACUGGAGAGAAACCAUAUACAUGUGACAGUUGUGAUAAAACAUUUAAUAAUUAUAAUAGUUUAUACGUUCAUAAACGAACACAUACCGGAGAAAAGCCUUAUUCAUGUGACGUAUGUGAUAAAAUAUUUAAUCAGCGAAGUAAUUUAGUUCAACAUAAACGCAUACAUACUGGAGAGAAACCUUAUUCAUGUGAUAUUUGUGAUAAAACAUUUAAUAAUUUAAGUAGUUUUAUUCGCCAUAAACGAAUCCAUACUGGAGAGAUAAGUUAUUCAUGUGAUGUAUGUGAUAAAACGUUUAACCAGCAAACUAAUUUAGUUCGUCAUCAACGAAUACAUACUGGAGAGAAACCUUAUGCAUGUGAUAUUUGUGAUAAACAGUUUAAACAACAAAGUGGUUUAGUGCUUCAUAAACGAAUCCAUAAUGGAGAAAAGCCGUAUUCAUGUGACGUCUGUGAUAAAAAAUUUAAUCUGCCUGGUGUUUUAGUUCAACAUAAACGCAUACAUACUGGAGAGAAACCUUAUGCAUGUGACGUUUGUGAAAAAACAUUUAAUAAUUAUAAUAGUUUAUACGUUCAUAAACGUACUCAUAGUAGAGAAAAGCUUUAUUCAUGUGACGUAUGUGAUAAAAUAUUUAAUCAGCGAAGUAAUUUAGUUCAACAUAAACGAAUACAUACUGGAGAGAAACCUUAUUCAUGUGAUUUUUGUGAUAAAACAUUUAAUUGGAGUAGUGUUUUAAUCUACCAUAAACGAACCCAUACUGGGGAGAAACCUUUUUCAAGUGACGUCUGUGAUGAAGCAUUUAAUAACCAAAAUAGUUUACGCAUCCAUAAACGAAAACAUACCGGAGAGAAACCUUAAUUCAGAGAUGGAGGCGAUUACGAUACCCGUGGCGCCACGAUUUGACAACAGAAUAUAGUCUAAACUGUUUUGGUUUUCGAGAUAAAGAAGUCUAAAAAGAAAAAUUGUUGCCAUUUAAUUCGUCAUUUUUGUAAUUUAAUUCAUCAUCAUUCUAGUUUGUUGCCUUGGAGACAAACAAAUUUCACUUUAUCAAUAUUAUUACAGUAACUUUAUACAUUACAGUCUGCAUUAAAUAGUCCGUGGGACAGUAAAUUUCGUGAGUUGCUUCCUUUUGGCGUAUCUACCAAACUUCUCAUUACGACUUUUUUCGAAAGUGCUGCGUUCUCAAAUGAGCAAGAUGACGUCAUAUUUAAACUAUCGAUCUGAAAAAACGCAGCAUGUAAUUUGUCGGACAUAAUGAACACUUGAUAACUUUAAUAACCAUUAAGCAAUAAAAUAUUUUGGUCGACAAAAAUGCUGCACCGCUGAGCUUGCGUACGACCUCGAACAUUCCGUAAUUAGGUAUUUUUACCUUUCAAUACAUACGUAGUUCAUUUUUGCUGAUUGUUAAAUAAUUAUUAACGUUAUCGAGUGAUCAUAGUGUCCGACAAAUUCCCUGGUGCGUUAUUUAAGAUCGAUAGCUUAAAUAUGACGUCAUCGUGCUCAUUUGAGAACGCACCGCUUUCGAAAAAAGUCGUAAAGAGAAGGUUGAUGGAAUCGCCAAAAGGAAAUAAAAUAAAAUAACCGUGAUCCAGCAUGAUCUCUCAUUUAUUAUCCUUCUCAAUCAUCUUGGAGAGAUGGUUCUCACUCUGUAUCAUCAUAUCAUCAGACAACUUUGAUGCUAAAAAAGCAAAUUUUUUUUCAGUUAAUGUAUAGUUCAAGUUAUUAGAGGUAAACUGUUAUUUCAUUUUCUAAAAGCUCCAUGUUGACAGCCUUUCAGCUAGGUAAAGGUUUGGAGUAGAGUGGGUAAUCCUAAACUAAAGAAUAAAGACGCCUGACACAAACGUAAAUGAAAUUUUAAUGAUUUAUUGAUUUAUUAACUAUACAUAUACCAAACAAACAUUUUAUUGAAUUAAACUAAGUAAUUAAUAUCCUUUGCUUUCUUCGUUGUCUUUUAGUUUUUGAAUUUUUU